AUGGAAGAAGUUUCGCCCACGGACGGCCACAGUGAGCAUCAGGCUACCACACACGAUGCCGCGACGGCCGUACCCGUCCGACCAUAUCGUUCGCACAAGGUGCCAGCGUGUGACCGAUGUCGGGCUAGGAAGCUUCGCUGCACGGUUGACAUCAAAGACAAGCCCUGUCUGCUGUGUCGCCUUCACAGCGCCGAGUGCGUUCGUCGUGGACCUUCGGCCCUUCAGCAGUCCGUGGGGGCUGCGGGUGACGGUCCCGGACAGCAGCAGCAGUUCAACUAUGGCAAGAGCGCGACAGGCCACAGCAUUGCCGCCAACUCUGGGACCCGACGGAGAAGCGGCUCCAGGUCGCCCAAGCGCCGUCGCGCCAACGCCGAUGACCAUGCCUACCACCACAGGCGCUCCUCGGCCCCGGGCACCCGGCAUGACAGUCCCGUAGACGACACGGCGCCGCACGACCGGCCGUUUGCCAUGGUCGGUCCAGAGUCGGCCGAGGAUCUGCACGUCAUCGAACAGUACAUUUCGGUGCAGCAGAGGACGGCGACGGGAUCCGGCAGCGGCACCCCGGGCGAGCCGUCCAACGGCGAGGCUACGGGCAACCGCAAGAGGCUGUUCAAUCUCGUGUCGAGUGACCCGAGCAAUCCUGUCGUGUCGCUCAAUGUGCCUCGUUAUCGCGCCGGCUAUGUCGUUGCGCGGGUGCCUGGUAAGACGCAGCUAGAGAUUCUCGAGCAGAUCCUGGGGCCGUUGAAAGAUGAGCUCAUUGAAGUAUAUUUUCGUAAAAACCACCCAGCCUUCCCGAUCCUGGAUGAAACCGCGUUCCUGGCUGCAAAAGAGCGUGAUAGCAUGCAGAUGAUCUCGCCCACGUUACUAUGCUACGUAUAUGCCACAUCCCUCAUCUUCUGGCGAUCGUCUCCAAUAUUACGGAAGCAUCCCCGGCCCGAUAUCACCUACGCCCUGAACCAAUCUGUUUCCGCUCUGCAGGAGGAUUUCCAUGCUGCCAGCCUUUCCACCGUGUAUGCUGCGCUGCUAGAUCUGAACGGUAGGCCAACCACCGCAGUAACCUACAACACAAUGCUCAACGGGAGAGUCGUCGCCAUGGCCCAUCUCCUGGGUUUGAACCGCGACCCUGAACGCUGGGAUCUCAGCGACCAAGACAAGAAGCUACGCGCCAGGCUUUGGUGGGGCGUUCUCAUCCACGACAGGUGGUCGUCCUUUGCCUAUGGUGUACCUCCCAGCAUUGCUCAAAGCCAGUACGAUGUACCAUUGCCUGAUAAGGCUGUCUUGUCCACACCAGGUGUCGGCCCAGACAGGGAGCGCGAUCGGGCGGCCGAAGGAUUCAUAGCCCUCUGCGGCCUUACCGAGAUCCUUGGUGACAUAUUACCGCUGCUGCAUGAUUUACGACGGAAGACUGUAAAUACGUCACGGAGGAGGAGAGACCUCGAGAGCGAUCUCGAGGAGUGGGAAUCAAAUCUCCCCGAGUUCCUGAAAGAGGGAGGGAAGAAGGCUGGUGGGAACGGAAGGUCGCCUGUUUCGGGCUCGAGCAGCUUAUGGCUGGGUUACCUGGCGGUCAAGAUGCUGCUGUGUCGAAUCAACCUUCGAGAAGCAUCGCGGUCGAGCCAGUCGAUCGAGUCGGAAGAGAAGGACUAUCAUCUUUCCAAACUAAGAAGAGUUGCUGAAGCAACUGUGGACUUUGUCUGCUCUCUAAGUGAGGAAAACCUACUGUCGGAGUUUUGGUGGCCAUACACGGCUUAUCACCUCUCAUCAGUUACAUUUCUCCUCUUACGAUGUGCGAUCGAGUCUACCGACCCAGGUGCUUCCGCAUCGUGUCGAUCAUACGUUGAACGGCUUCGCGCUCGCCUCUACGAAGCCCGUGAACAAUCCGGUUGGGAUCUCGGCGACAUCUGUCUUGCUCAGUCCGAGGAGUCUGUAACAAAAGUCGUCACCGCCAGCCACACCGGCACAGAGGCAGUGGGCGGGAGCGUCAUGGGGAUCGAGCUGCCCCCCUCGACUGUGCUCCCGAUCCCAGACGCAGACGGGGAGAUUAUGUUCCAAGGCGACGUGAUGGGCGGCCAGGUGGGCGUAUUUCCACAUCAGAACAACUACAACACUAUAGACCCGUUGGGAUAUCCAUGGGCGGACUUGUGGGACAUGUUCAACGCCGAUGGAAGUGUCAUAAAUUGA